AUGGUGAACAUGCUCUCCGAUCUCGCAGUAAAAUCACGCAUGCACCUGGCUGAUUUCAUACGACUCGUCCGAGGCCAGACAGCAGACGACCCGCGCCCCAACAAGGAUCUCUACGAACUCCCACGACCCCCAGCGCCGCACCUGCGGACAACCUGGAGCCGCUGGAACGAUGUGGUCCGUCACGGCGUAGUGCCUGAGUGGCUCCCCCAGCGACCUACACUCAAGAGCCAGCGGCCUCCGAACCACGGCUCUCUCAGCGACCACCUCCCGAAUGUAUGGCGUCAUAUCCGCAAGGGUCAAAAAGAAGGACGGUAUCUCGUUGUGCGAGCCUCGCUAGCGGAGCAAUGGAAGGAAGUGUUCAUCUCCCCUCUCGGUGUGGUGGCCAAGGCCGGCACGAGUCCGCCCGAUAUUCGCCUGAUAAACGACUACUCUUUCCCGCAAGGCGAAUCUGUAAACGAUUUUACUGACCGAACUCACCUGCCGGAAAUCUCGUACAACCCUCCUGGUGACAUCACCAGGAGAAUCUUUUCGCUUCGGCAAGACCCCCCGUUCGCGCGAAUACUUAUGAUGCUCGGUGACGUCGCUGGAGCUUUUCGCCACGUGCCUGUAUUGUGCCUUUCGGUCAUUUUGCCGAGUUGGCGGUCUCUAAAUCGGAGAUGCAAAUCUCGGACAAGUUCGAUGAGUGGUCUCCUGGAGUCUUCCGUUCAAUGGACUCCGGUUGGAGUCCAAGCCAAGCAAGCUUUGUUUAGGGAAGCAAGCAAUACCGGAACCCGCGAAGGUGAAGGGCGAAGACUGGAGUCUGUUUUACACGUCCGAUUUGCCAAAACCUUUGCGCUUAACCUCUUAUGGUGCCUGCGUCACAUCUCCACAUGCUGUCCUCCGGCGCGCGCCUUUUACCAGCGCUUGCAAGGUGUGGGCGUCGCACUGGGCCGAGCAGGGCGCCGCAAGCUCCCCACCCAGGCAGUCGAAGACCUGAAGUGGUUUCGAUUGAUUCUUCACCACAGCAGCCGCUGCAACCGUGUCCGUGUCAAACAAUUCGCCCGUCUCGACGAACCCACCGUAAACGUCUUCAUGGACGCAUCCAAUCAAGGGCUCUGUGUGUUGGAACCAGCGCUCAAGCAAUUCAUCCGAGUACAGUUCACCCAAGCUGACCAGGAACUGUUUCUAGCGGACCAAUCAGCCAAUUCGAUUAAUGUCCGCGAGCUCCACAGUGCAGUACUCGCAGCUCUACUCUGGGGUCCUACAUGGGGUCGCUCGUCAGCACAUCGACCGACACAAGUGCGUUUCUGGAUCGACAAUACAAGCGCUGUCUCGUGGACUCAACGCCGAGCAAGCCGACAACCCCUCGCGCAGCUGAACAAUCGACUUCUGUCCCUGGCGGAAUUCAACUACUCGCUCGUGUGCACCGCCGCCCACAUCCCCGGAGCCGACAACAUCAUGGCGGACGCCGGCUCACGAGCCUGGCCCCGAGCAGAUCAACACUUCGAUACGUGGACUAACUUGCCAUCUGGCUGGACGCAGGUACCAGUAGUGGCGCCCUACGACGAUCUCUCACGUCUCUGGGAAUGGUGCUGCGCCAACAUGCCCUCGCUGGCACUACCUCUGCCAAAUAUCAAGGAUACUGGAAGCAGUGGGUGCAAUUCUCACGAUUCAUGA